AUGUCGCUUCUUGAGAGUCAUCUGGAGCAGAUUCUGCUCUCCUCAAAUGCUAUCGCAGAACUUCCCUUUCCUCCUCCGCGGAUGUUCACAAAUGCCCUCUUGGGCUCUCACGACAUCACCUCCUUGAUUCGCGACACAGAAGCUCAUGAACGAGCUCUUUUCCAGAUGGACCCCUCGGUGAAACCUGUCAGCUCCGCGCAGCGACGAGCUACUCGCCGCGGAACCCAAUUUCCACAGGAGAUAGAGAAAGAGUCUAUGGCGAGUCGGAUCUACUCGGCCAGAAAUAACAAAAAUCAAUCCGCUGUAGCCAGGGUGCUGGGCUCGGAUAUGAUGGAGGAGAUCAAGCGUUCCGCCGGACGGGGUCCGCGCGGGGAAGUCAACAUCGAUGUUCUACUUCGUGGCGCGGAGAUCCUGUGCAAUGUCUACCCAGUUGCUGGUGCACAGGAAAAGAUUGCGAGUCUUCGCUACCGUCACCAAAUUAUCUCCGACUCGAUCACAGACUUGGAAGAGCGCGUGGCCCGGAACACUGCGGAGUUGGAGCAAAUGAGCCAUUCUUACGGUGAUGAAUAUGACGAUUACAACACUGGAGACCCUCUGCAACCAGAGGUGGCUGAUGUCACAGACGCUGAUUUAGCGCGAGAAAUGGAGGAGAUUCGAGAACUGGAGAGGAGAAAGCGAGCCCUGGAGGACCGGGUUAAUGGCAUGGAUCGGGAUCUUGGUGGACUACUGGGCUGA